CAUGAGAUGACAAAGUCCGGAAAGUAUGUAUGGAUCAACAUGCCACCCCAAAAGCCAUGGUACUUCAUGUUGCCCAACGAGAACGAUGCAGGCUACAUUUAUGAUCUCUUCAAGAACUGGUGCAGAAUUUUUCUUUGCAACCCAAUUUCAAGAGAUUGGAAGCAGCUUCUGAAACCUCUAAAUGAUGAACCUUCACAAUACAGUGCAUUGGCUUUGUCAGUGGACAGACAUUCUCAUGAUUAUAUAGUUACAUUGGUGAAAUCCAAUCCAUUGCCAGAUGAGUUCUUUCAUUGGGACUUUACCAUUCAGAUUUAUGAUUCUAAGAGUUGCUUUUGGAGAGUUGUAUCAUUCAAUGAAGUUUUGGUUGGAUGGAGAGGAGGUAAUGAAAGUGUGAUAUGCAAUGGAAUCCUUUACUUUCUGAUUCACUCUUUAUCAGAGAGCAACAGGCACCGUAUUGGGCUCAUCAUGUAUGAUAUUGAUUCAAAAUCUUCAUGCAAGUCAUUGAUGGAAACAAUGGUUAUGGCACCGAGUCCCCUCGCUUGCGGUCGCCUGAUGAAUCUUAAAGAUAGAUUGGUUCUGAUUGGAGAAAUCAGAGACCCAGAAAAACCAGAUGUGCUAGAAGGAAUUUGUGUUUGGGAGCUUCAUAGAAAGGAACAGAAGGAGGUUACAAGGAUGCCGGAGAAGUUUCUCAGCCAUUUUGGCAGGUUUGAAGAUACUUUUGAUAGUAGUGGAGUUGAGGAUCUCAUCUUCAUCCAUGCCUAUGGUACCCCUACUCUGUUCAUAUUUGAUAUGAGAGACAAGCAUUGGAGAUUGUCAAAAAGCUACCCAAUAAAGAAACGAUCAUAUUUAAGAACCUUCGUUGGUUUCUGCUUUGAGCCUAGACUGGAGAUCAAGCCCAGAACGAUUUAA